AAUGAUGAGAUUUUGGAAAGAUGUGCAAGAUAUCUUCCCGGCACGUGUAGAGGUCGAUUGUCCCAUUCACCUCUCUUUCCCCAAACCAAGACAAGAUUCACGUGGCAGCCAUGAAUAUCGCAUUGCUCGCUUCGAAUCAUCUCUAGACCUUACACCUCAACUCAAUUCAACUCAACACAAACACUCUCAAUGUGCAAAUAACAACACUCCUCUUCAACAAUGCUUCACAAUCCAUUACUCUGCUCUUCAAGAACCGCCACUCAACCAACAACACUCCUCGCUUCGAUUUUCUCCGGCACCGGCAACUAUCCCGGACGCACUUCACUUGCCGGAAAUUUCUCUCGCCGUGAUAUCCGGUUGAAGUUUAGUAUGCAAGCAUCUGGAAGCAAAUCGAGUAAUAGUGAGAUAAGAGAAGGUUCAAAGCUUAGCACAACUAAUGCUAAUGCUUAUGGUCGAGCUCAAGAAGAGGUGCAUAAGGAUGAAGCCUUCAAAGUGAUGAAGACCAGACCAUCGUGGGAAACUUCUCCAGGCCAAGCAUUUCCGUUGGGUGUAUCACAAGUCGACAACGGGAUCAACUUUGCUAUUUUUUCACAACAUGCAACUGCUGUCACACUUUGUUUGGUCCUCCCUGAAAGGGAAAGCAUUGACACACUGGAUGGUGGUAUGAUAGAACUGGCUUUGGACCCUCAUUUAAACAAAACAGGGGACAUUUGGCACAUAUGUAUUGAGGAUCUUCCUAGGAGCAAUGUUCUGUACGGGUAUCGGAUAGAUGGAUCUCAAGACUGGGGUAAGGGGCAUCGAUUUGACAGAAGCAUUGUGCUUGUUGACCCUUAUGCAAAGCUAGUUGAAGGUCGGAGAUAUUUUGGGGAUACUAGCUCAAAGUUGUCUAAGUUUCUGGGCACAUAUGAUUUUGACAGCUUGUCUUUUGACUGGGGAGAGAAUUAUAAGCUUCCAAAUAUUGCCGAGAAAGAUCUUGUGAUAUAUGAGAUGAAUGUCCGUGCAUUUACAAUGGAUGAAUCUAGUGGGUUGGAUAACAACAUUCGUGGAAGCUAUCUUGGUGUGAUUGAGAAGAUCCCACAUCUUCUAGAGCUUGGUAUCAAUGCAGUGGAGUUGCUGCCUAUCUUUGAGUUUGAUGAAUUGGAAUUGCAGAGGCGUCCAAAUCCUAGAGAUCACAUGAUUAAUACGUGGGGUUAUUCAACAAUAAAUUUCUUUGCUCCUAUGAGUCGCUAUGCUAGUGCUGGCGGAGGACCAGCCAAUGCUUCCCAAGAGUUCAAGCAAAUGGUGAAAGCCUUGCAUUCUGCUAGCAUAGAGGUUAUUUUGGAUGUUGUCUACAAUCAUACUAAUGAGGCUGAUGACCCCAAUCCUUACACUACUUCAUUUCGUGGCAUAGAUAAUAAGGUUUAUUACAUGCUGGACGACAAAGGACAAUUGCUGAACUUCUCUGGCUGUGGAAAUACAUUGAAUUGUAACCAUCCAGUGGUCAUGGAGCUAAUUCUUGACAGCCUAAGACAUUGGGUCACUGAGUAUCAUGUCGAUGGAUUUCGAUUUGAUCUUGCAAGUAUAAUGUGUCGAGGAACUGAUGGUUCGCCCCUCAAUGCUCCUCCACUCAUCAGGGCAAUUGCUAAAGAUGCAGUCUUGUCAAGAUGUAAAAUCAUUGCAGAGCCUUGGGACUGUGGUGGUCUCUAUCUUGUUGGAAGUUUUCCAAAUUGGGAUCGAUGGGCUGAAUGGAAUGGAAAAUAUCGUGAUGACGUACGGAAAUUUAUCAAGGGUGAUUCUGGAACCAAGGGGAGCUUUGCAACUCGUGUUUCUGGAUCUUCUGAUCUUUACAGAGUGAACAAGCGCAGACCAUACCAUGGUAUUAAUUUUGUUAUUGCACAUGAUGGAUUCAGUUUGCGUGAUCUUGUUUCAUACAAUUUCAAGCACAAUGAAGCUAAUGGGGAAGGUGGGAAUGAUGGAUGCAAUGAUAACUUUAGUUGGAAUUGUGGUUUUGAAGGUGAAACUGAUGAUACUAGUAUAAGAGCUUUGCGGUCAAGGCAAAUGAAGAACUUUCAUUUAGCAUUAAUGGUAUCUCAGGGAACGCCAAUGAUGCUAAUGGGGGAUGAAUAUGGCCAUACUCGCUAUGGAAAUAACAAUAGUUACGGGCAUGAUUCUGCCAUUAAUUUUUUCCUGUGGGAUCAGUUGGAUGCAAGGAAGCGUGAUCACUUCAGGUUUUUCUCCAAUGCGAUAAAAUACCGGCAUGAACGUAAAAUAUUCAGGCAUGAAAAUUUUCUCAGUGAGAAAGAAAUAACUUGGCAUGAAGACAAUUGGGACAAUUAUGAAAGCAAAUUUCUUGCAUUUACGCUUCAUGACAAAAGUGGGGGAGAUGUCUAUUUAGCUUUUAAUGCUCAUGACUACUUUUUGAAAGUUCUGCUGCCCACACCUCCAACAAAGAGAAGCUGGUAUCGCGUGGUGGACACUAAUCUUGAAUCUCCUGAUGACUUGGUCCUUGAUGGUGUUCCCGGCAUAGGAAAAACGUACAGUAUAGCUCCAUACUCCUCCAUUCUUCUGGAGGCAAAGUUUUGAUUGCAGACGCUGUUUGUAUACAUGUAUCCGUAAAAGAAUAAAAAAGGAAAAAGACGGUGUAUAUACUUGUAUCAGUGUAAUGUUAAUCUUAUUUUCCUUUCAAGGCAGCAAGAUGAUCAUGCUCUGAAUUAGUUCCCUGGCUCAGUAUGGCAUGAAGUUUUACAGCUCAGUAUUAAAGACGCCUGUACCAAAUAGAAGAUAGACGCCUCUGAAUAGUAAUAAUGUGUUGUAGGAAUAAAUAAUCGCAGGAGAAGGAAAUCUGAAAUCAUAUCAUUUUCAGAAUGGUGCAGGGCAUAUAUGCAAGGUACAAGCUACUUGGGAGCGGUGCUACGAAGUAUGGAUAGUCAAUUACUACCUUAUAUUGCUAUAUAUUUGUUUGAUAAAUGUUUCUGUCUAUCUACUGUUUAUGAUUCUAUAUAUACACACUAGUAUGUAUACUGAGAUCCUUUGUACUGUUGAUAUAUUGUAAAUUUGGCUUGAAUGGAAUAAAUUCAUAUUUUGAGAA